AUGCAAAACACGUUUGCCCUCCUCUUCAUCGCAGCCGCCUGUGGCGUGGCAGCUUUUCCAAGCCAGAAUCACAGCUCCACGCCCGAUGCAGCAGACGUUUGGAAGCACAAGAAGAUAUCCCUAGAGGAAGCAUUCGUUCUGCCAGAACUAGUCGAGCACGUGUUCUCCUUUCCCCAGCCCAUCGGUGUCUCCAACGAGACGUUCAGGGCUCAGUUCCUGGAUAUUGGACCCAUUCGUCUUCAGCAGAUGGAUGACCUUGGCAUUGAUUAUAUGAUCCUAUCGCAUACAGCUCCUCUCGCUCAGGGCGUGAAUGAAUCCGAUGCGGCUGAAGCGCUGGCAACCAGGGCGAAUGACUAUCUUGGGGAGAACAUCAAGAACAAUACAGAUCGUCUCGGCGGCUUCGCUAUGCUGUCUCUCCACGAUCCGAUGCAAGCUGCCAACGAGCUCGAGAGAGCCGUCUCGAACUACGGCUUCCAUGGAGCAUUUAUGUAUACCUACCAAGAUUACAGCUUCAACGAAACAUACUAUCUGAGCGAUCCUCGAUACGACCCUCUUUGGCAGCGACUUGUUGAUCUCGAUCUACCGGUAUACAUCCAUCCCAGAGGCCCUGGUCCACGACAGAUGUUGGACUACCUCCCCUCAACUCCCGAUUUGAUCGGCGGUGGCUAUCAAUUCAGUAACGACGUCGGCUUGACGUUGAUGAAGAUGAUAGCGUAUGGCGUUUUUGAUCGCUUCCCCAGUUUGAAAGUGAUCUCUGGCCAUAUGGGCGAACACCUUCCGAGCGACCUCUUCCGGCUCGAUGCUCAAGUCGAUCGUCUUCGCUCCGCCUUGAACCUUCCGGCAUUACACGACGUCUCCUACUACUUCCAGAACAACUUCUAUGAAACAACUUCCGGGGACUUCGCCGAUGAUCUCCUCAACUUCCACAUCCAGCAGAUUGGAAUCGAAAGGAUUCUGUUCAGUGUUGAUUACCCCUAUGAGAACCUGGCAGAUGGGACGAAGUGGCUUGAUAACUUGACGCUGCCAGAUGGAGAGAAAGCUCAGAUUGCCAGGGGAAAUGCCCUCAAGCUGCUGAAGUUGGAUGGGUGA